AUGAAAUCGAACAUCUGUAAGAAAUUUGAGUUUGUAGGAAUCUUAUGCCGCCAUGCCAUUAAGAUACUGUAUCACAGAAAUAUCCAUGAUCUUCCUCCACAGUACAUUCUAAAGAGGUGGUCAAAAGAUGCCAAGAGUGGAACCGUGAGGGAUCGAGAGGGAAACCAAAUGCAAGCUGAUUCUAGCUCACUAAUAUCUUUACGUUACAAUGAGCAUCUUCAGAAGGCUAUUAAUAUUGCGACUAAGGGUUCACUUAAUGAAGAGUCUCAUUUAGUGGCCAGUCGUGCACUGGACAAUGCCCUAUUAGAAGUUGAAUCUGCUACAAAAGCAACUCAAGGAGGCAGCAGCGAUGAUUUCCACACAUCUCUAGCAACUCAGUCCCACUCUGGAGAGAGAGUUUUUGUGGGAGAAGGAGGUGACAAAAGUAUAAUGUUCACCGCUAGGCAAAUUAUUGGUGAUCUAGAUAUUGGACAAAAAAGGAGAAAAACACGAAAUAGUUUUGUUGAUUUAAGCCAUGAGCUCAGCAUGGAUAAUCUGCACCAUCAACAAGGACAAAAUCAUAGGCUACCAGAUGGACUGAAGAGAAAUGACCCACCUAUUCAUCCAAGUCUGCAGAUAGUUUCCACACCAAAUUCCGCUCACCUUCCGUAUACUCCAGUUAGCUUCUCAGAAUCGACACAAUUUAUCUAUCCAAUUAUACGUCCUAAUUUACAGUAUAUCUCAAGUCCGUACACACAGGGGUCCAGUGGUCUUGGGAUGGAACCCUGUCCAUUUAUCACUCAUGGCGCCCCAGAGGGAUCUUAUAUUUCGAGUAAGCCUCAUAACUUAGGAAGUACGUACUCAAAACCAACAACUGCAAACACUGGUUUCAAGCCUCACCAGACCUUGAACGCAUUGGGAUAUGACCUUGUUUCCAGUGGUACUGAGAACCAUCUGCGAGUCUUGGUCAAUCUGAAAAACAAGGUUAGUAGGAAUAACGUUCCACUUUAA